AAUCUUGACCUCAUUUCUUCCCUCCAGCAAAAAGGCAUCGGGAUGAACGAGCCACUGGUGGACUGCGAGGACUACCCCCGGGCAGACGUGGACCUGCACCAAGUCCGGACCGCAAGGCACAACAUCGUCUGCUUGCAGAAUGAUCACAAGGCGGUGAUGAAGCAGGUGGAGGAGGCCCUGCACCAGCUGCACGCUCACGACAAGGAGAAGCAGGCCCGGGACCUGGCUGAGGCCCGCAAGGAGGCCAUGAGCCAUGGCCUGGGCCAGAGCCAGGACCUCAGCCCUGCUCAGGCCUUCGCCAUGGUGAACAGCAUCAGCCCCGGCUCCCCUGCCAGCAUCGCAGGUCUGCAAGUAGAUGACGAGAUAGUGGAGUUUGGCUCUGUGAACACCCAAAACUUCCAGUCGCUGCAGAACAUUGGCAGUGUGGUCCAGCACAGUGAGGGGAAGCCCCUGAAUGUGACAGUGAUCCGCAGAGGGGAGAAAUACCAGCUUAGACUCGUGCCAACACGCUGGGCGGGAAAAGGACUGCUGGGAUGCAACAUUAUUCCUUUGCAAAGAUGAUCGUCCCCGGGGAACAGAAACAGGAAAGCAUAUUGCCUUGCCCCAGACUUGGGUCUAGUGGGCAUUUCCUCCUUCUCUUCUCUUCCUGAAGCUCAAGGA